UCAUUGCAAAUUCAUUGUUUUUUGUAAUGUAAUUCUAGAUUCUAGUCGAUUCUAGAAUUACAGAAAAAGUGUAUAAAUAUAAUCAAAUUAAGUCGCCAAUUCAUUCUCAAUUUGAUCUAGUUAACAUUGUUAAGUGGGCUUUAUUUUUUUAGCAAAAAGAAAUCGGUGAAAAGUGAUAAGAACGAACAGAAACCAGCAAAAAAUAUCAACAGAAAACUAGCGAAAAAAAUCACCAGAAAAUCAGCCUAAUAAUCACCAGAAAACCAGCGAAAAAGUCACCAGAUAACCACAAAAAAAAUAUCCCUUUGAAAGAGAAAACCCUCCAAAAUGGAAUUGCCCCAUCUGGGACAACAUUGUUCGAAACCGGAUUGCAGGAAAUUGGAUUUUCUUCCGGUCAAAUGUCAAGCUUGCGGUUGUUUAUUUUGCCCAGCCCACUUUGAUUAUUCUUCGCACGAUUGUCCGGAGGUUUAUAAAUUGAAUAACCGUGUUCCGGUUUGCCCGUUGUGCGAGCAACCGGUGCCCAUUAAGCAAGGGGAGUUACCGGAUUAUGUUGUAGGCCUCCACAUAGACAACGACUGUCAAUCCGAUCCGGCCCGCAAGCGCAGGAAAAUCUUCACGAACAAAUGUCACUUUGACAGGUGCAAAACGAAGGAAAUCGUCCCCGUCAUUUGUCAACAAUGCCUUAGGAAUUACUGCUUGAAGCACCGACUGCCCGCCGAUCACAGAUGUCCCGGCUCUAACGCAGGAAAUCCCGUCAAAGGCAAGGAAAAUUCGAUGAAAGGCGGCGAAAAUUCGAUAAGCGGGCCGCGUAAUAGCAACGUAAAAGGCCGCCAAAGCCAACUGGACGAAGACGAAGAUUUGGCGAGGGCCAUUUCUCUGUCGUUGAAUCAUCAGGAGAACACUAGCAGAGGGAGAUCCUCGGAUCGGUGUGUUUUAUCGUAGAAUCCUUGCGAGGAAUCCUUUUAUACGAAUCCUUUUUUUAUCUAUUUCGUGCCUAGAACAAGCUAAAUCUUUUAAAGAUUCUUUUUUUUAUGCAUUUCGUGCCUUUCUCUGUUGGAAAUUGCUCGAUUUUUGCACCGCAAUUGGGCUGAAUGAUAUAAUAUGUACAAUUUACGAAACUG